AUGGGUUUUAAGAUGAUGAAUGAUAAGCCUUUGGAGAGGAUGAUUCUUUGGGAUUGGGACUUAAAGCAAUGGUAUAAACCUCAUUAUCAGAAUUCUGGAGGUGGAAAUGGAGUUGAUCUUUCAGUGCUAAAUGAGGCUCGCAAUAUGGUGUCAGAUCUUCUGACUGAUCCAAGCCUUCCCCCUCAAGUCAUUUCUUCCCUACGGAGUAUCAGUAGCUUGAUGGGUGCUUUCUCAGGUUCCUGUAGGCCAAAGAUUAAUCCUCUUACACCAUUUCCUGGAUUUUACCCCUGCUCUGAAAUAGAGGACUCAACCGAGAAAGGAGAUCGAAAACUUCACAAGGGACUAAUUAGUAGGAAUAGUUUACCAACUCCACAGUUGAGGAGGAGCUCAGGAACUUCAGGAUUGCUACCUAGUGAGCAGUCUUCAAGGUGGGAACGCAAUAAUGGCAAAAGGCCUCACCAAGAAUUUGGCGUUUCAAGUCAAGGAAACUAUCUAAAUGGGCCUUUUAGUUCAAGUCUACUGACAAUCCCGAAGCAAAGGUCAUCUUCUGCGUCAGUGACUCACCAUGUAGGUCUGAGAAGAGCUGGUGCUUUCCCCAUCCUGAAUCCUGUGAAUUCUCCUAGCCAUGGACCAGUGACUGCUGGCUCUCUAAGUAAUCAGUCAACCAUAGAAUUUCCUGAUACUACUGAUUUUCUUACUAAGCCAAGUGUUAUUUUACAUAGAUCUCUGGGCAAUGUACCCAAUACACCAGAUUUUUAUCAGCAACUUAGAAAUUCUGAUAGCAAUCUGUGUAACAGCUGUGGACAUCAAAUACUGAAAUAUAUUUCAACAUCUGAUUUGGAUGGUGCAGACUGCCAUAGUGGAAAACCAGGUGAAGAAGAAAACACCAUUUUCUCAAAAGAAUCAUUCAGUUUUAUGGAAACUCAACAAAAAGAGGAAACAGAGAAGAAAGACUGCAGAAAAUUAUUUUUGGAAAGUGAUAAUCACCUAACAGAAGAGGCACAGAAUGAACAGCAACCAAAUGUAAAAGAGGAAGCACUAUUGGACCUGAUUUUAAUAGAAGAUUAUGACUCAUUGAUAGAAAAGAUGAGCAACUGGAAUUUUCAAAUUUUUGAACUUGUAGAAAAGAUGGGAGAGAAAUCAGGAAGGAUUCUCAGUCAGGUUAUGUAUAUCUUAUUUCAAGACACUGGUUUAUUGGAAAUAUUUAAAAUUCCCACUCAACAAUUCAUGAACUAUUUUCGUGCAUUAGAAAAUGGCUAUCGAGACAUUCCUUAUCACAAUCGUAUACAUGCCACAGAUGUCCUACAUGCAGUUUGGUAUCUGACAACACGGCCAAUUCCUGGCUUACAGCAGAUCCACAAUGAUCAUGGAACAGGAAAUGAAACAGAUUCUGACUGUAGAAUUAACAUUGGGCGAAUUGCUUAUAUUUCUUCAAAGAGCUGCUCUAUUCCAGAUGAGAGCUAUGGCUGCCUGUCUUCAAAGAUUCCUGCAUUAGAAUUGAUGGCUCUGUACGUGGCAGCUGCCAUGCAUGAUUAUGAUCACCCAGGGCGGACAAAUGCAUUUCUAGUGGCUACAAAUGCCCCUCAGGCAGUUUUGUACAAUGACAGAUCUGUUCUAGAAAAUCAUCAUGCUGCAUCAGCUUGGAAUCUAUAUCUUUCUCGCCCAGAAUACAAUUUUCUUCUUAAUCUUGAUCAUGUGGAAUUCAAGCGCUUUCGUUUCUUAGUCAUCGAAGCAAUUCUUGCCACAGAUCUUAAAAAGCAUUUUGAUUUCCUUGCUGAAUUCAAUGCCAAGGCCAAUGAUGUAAAUAGUAAUGGUAUAGAAUGGAGUAGUGAAAAUGACCGCCUCUUAGUAUGUCAGGUGUGCAUCAAACUGGCAGAUAUAAAUGGCCCAGCAAAAGUCCGGGACUUGCAUUUGAAAUGGACAGAAGGCAUUGUGAAUGAAUUUUAUGAGCAGGGAGAUGAAGAAGCAAGUCUUGGCCUGCCCAUCAGUCCCUUCAUGGAUCGUUCUUCUCCUCAACUAGCAAAACUCCAAGAAUCUUUUAUCACCCACAUCGUGGGUCCCCUGUGUAACUCCUAUGAUGCUGCUGGUUUGCUACCGGGUCAGUGGGUAGAAGCAGAAGAGGAUGAUAGUGAAAGUGGUGAUGAUGAAAGUGGUGAAGAAUUAGAUACAGAGGAUGAAGAAAUGGAAGACAAUCUAAAUCCUAGACCACAAAGAAGGAAAGGCAGACGGCGAAUCUUUUGUCAGCUCAUGCACCACCUCACCGAAAACCACAAGAUAUGGAAGGAAAUCAUAGAGAAAGAAGACAAAUGUAAAGUUGAUGGAAAUAAACUGCAGGUGGAGAAUUCCUCCUUACCUCAAACAGACGAAAUUCAGGUCAUUGAAGAAGCAGAUGAAGAGGAAGAGCGACAGUUUGAAUAAAAGAAAAGUCAUAUUGAAGAAGCCCAGAGGGCUGUGCGCAGGGUGAGAAAUCAUUGCCUAGUGUUCACCAUUCUGACUUUCACCUGACCGUUCCCAUGUGAACAGGCCUUAAUACUGUGAGAGGAUUCUUGCUGUGCUGGCAAUUUCCCAUUCCUUUGCACUUUCACCACAUGAACUAGAAAAUUAUUCUUAGAGUUAGGCUUGAUAUAACUCAUGUUGCAAAGCCCUUACUUAAAGCCUUCACUGGUGUGUAAAUACUUUGUCAUAAAGCUGCUUUGCUGAGCUCUUAUUUUUCAUGUUGGGGGGAUAGUGAUAACUAAAAACUCAAGUGACUUCAGUUUCCAAAGUGGCCAGAACUUUUUGCCUUCAUGAAAGGAUUCACAUUGUAUUUCCAAAUGUGUCUUUUAUGUUUUUUGAAUGUUUUGGAGAAAAGCCUUUGCCUAUCUAAAAAGGAUCCAGUGUUGCCUUUCUGAGGGGUUUCUGCUCAAUGCAGUACACUGUUCAGUGCUAUUGUCCCAGCUAGAUUUAUCCAUCAAGGACUGAAUGACCUCUGUUAUGUGUAGCAAAAUCCAGGUGCAUCAAUUUCUGAUGCUUUAUACUGUUGCAUAUUAUCUACUAUGUGUGUUUUAUUUCUGUUCAGAGUAUUCAGGUUUGCUUUGGACAUCAGAAGUCUGAAUUCCAAUCUUACUGUGUGUUCUGUGGUUGAAAUUUAAAGCUGUUUAGGUUUAACAACGAAGGAAUUUUAUUCUUUAGCAAAAACUAUUCUCAUUUUUACUCUUGCUCAGGAUUAGUAUUUUUAAACAUUUAGGUAAUAUAAAGACAGCACAUAUUUGUGAGAAGAAAAAAAAAUUGUCUUAAUAUUGAUGUUAACCUUUUAUGGAAUGAGCAUCAUUUUCUGUCUUCUGAAUUUGAGACUAAUUAAAGCCAAGGAAAAGGAGAUGUCUAUCUUUUGCUUUAAUGUAAAAUCAAAUGAAACUAAUCCCAUCAAAGAUAACAAAGUACAGUGAACUCUAAAGGACACAUACAUUGAAUAAAUAAUUGGAAUAUGUGAUUAUCUUUAGAUCCAUAUCUUAGGUGUCAUGUGUUUAGUUACUGUAAAACUGAUAUUCAUCUUUUUAUUAAUUUCCCUCUGCCUCAAGACUACAUGACAGAACUGAUCUAUCACUGCUCAAUACUUCUAGAGCCCAACUGUAAGACUGAUUUCUGCAAUAAAGUAAAUGAUGAGAAUACUUAAUUUUUAUAUAAAAAAUAUAAAUAUUUUAGUAAAUCAUUUCACACAAAAGCACAUUAUUAAAUAACCACAUUAUUAAGAUGGCUGCAAAGAAAAUGGACCAUACUUACAAUGUUUGUAAACUUAUUAGGGUAUGGAUAUAUACUAGUUGUGAAAAUAUUUAAAAAUGAGAACAGCCAAAAUGAUAGCAAGAUGGUAGACAAAUAUUUUCCAUUAUUAUUGGAGACCAUAGCAUAUUUUUGAUCCAUACAAUUUUGGAGAUAGUGAAAUCAUCAAUUUCCCUAGGUAAUUCCUUUAAAGUAUGAUAUUGACAGGCAGUUUCUUACAUACCUAGAAUAUUUGGCUUACCUGAAAGAUAUCAAUUAAAGAUCUAUGGAAGUGUUGGAAUUUUUGAUCCUGCACAAUAUUUAAUGAAUCACUAAACUUAUUAGAAAUGUUGAGUGCUGAGUUCCUUCCUGCCACUUUUGCUACCAUUGUCACAUCACUUGUAAACUUGUCCAUCGUACAUUACUAAUAAAAUUUUAAUUGGUAAUUUA